AUGAGAAGCUGCAAGAAUAGCAGCUCCAAUCCCAAAUUUCUUAAAGCCCGGAAUGAUUAUGCUGUUGAAAUGGGCAAGUUCAAUCUCAUGUUUCACAAUCAAAAUGAUCUUUACACCUUUAGUUAUGAUACAUCAUUAUCUACAUGUGAAAGAAAUAGUCAUAUCAUAUACCCCGAUGAAUCCAACGAGAAGGAAAUUGAGGUUUUAGGAUGUUGUAAUGGUUUGGUUUUGUUGAGGCACAUUGAUUUAAUGGACGAUACAUGGUUGUCCUAUGUUAUUAUUAUCUUGUGGAACCCGACUACGAAUGAAUGUAAGAGAUUACCGAAUCCACCUACUGGAAAGCAGGUUAAGGACAGAAAUUAUGUAGAAUAUGGAUUGGGUUAUGAUGAACAAAUUAAGGAUUUCAAAGUAGUACAUUUGACACAGGCUUUUUAUGGUCGCUGGUCUGCGUGUGAAGUGCAUGUGUAUACUCUGAAAGAAAAUUCAUGGACAAGAGUUGAUAGCAUUCCGAUAGAUGGUAUAUGUUAUCCAAGAAUAACUGAUAUGGGUCGCUGGCCUGUUAACGGAGGUUUUCAUUGGAUAGCACAACUGGAACGGAGCAAUUUCUUGCACGGGAUUUUUCUUCUUCGUUUUGAGUUCGAGACGGAAGACUUGGACGCGGUGCCACUGCCGGCUUUUGAUGAAAAUGCCAUGGUAUGUUUGUGUGUUUUAGGGGGAUCAAUUUGUUGUUUUUGCUCUGGUACUGAGGUUAUAGACGUGUGGGAGUUGAAAUACAAUGGGGUGGAGGAGGAAUCAUGGACCAAACUCUUCACCAUUGAGCUAAGAGAACAUUUCUGGCAAGUUUCUAGUUAUAUGCCCUUGCAAUUCUUGAAGAAUGGGAAGAUUUUGUUUGGGUUAGUGCUGGCUGAUAGAUGUUUGCAUAUCGUUGUGUAUGACCCAAACUAUGUCACAUUUGAAACUAUUAAAGUCCAUGAUGAAUCUCUAAGGGGUUUUGCUUUCAGCACAUCUGUCUAUGAAGAGAGCCUAUUUUCACUUGGCACGGGAACUUAUUUAGGGAAAGUACAAUGGGAGGCCUCCCACGAAGAAGAUUAG